GCGCUCCCUGCCGAGCAUUGUGCCGGAAGGAGCGUCGGAGGUGGAUUGGCUGAACUCCCCGCGACUUCUCCCCACGCCUCCGGCCGGCAGAGCAAGCCGGGUGACGGCCGCGGAUGGAGAGGAGCGGGGAGUCUUCCAGAAUUUGGAAGGUUCAUGAAAAUCUAAUGUAAAUAACACAGGUAAAAGAUUCAUCCUGAACUUGAGAAAUGGCAGGUUUCCUAGACAAUUUCCGAUGGCCUGAAUGUGAGUGUAUUGAUUGGAGUGAAAGAAGAAAUACAGUUGCUUCGGUGGUAGCUGGGAUUCUGUUUUUUACAGGUUGGUGGAUAAUGAUAGAUGCAGCAGUAGUUUACCCUAAGCCAGAGCAAAUGAACCAUGCAUUCCAUACUUGUGGAGUGUUUUCUACUCUAGCUUUUUUCAUGAUAAACGCAGUAUCAAAUGCUCAAGUGAGAGGAGACAGCUAUGGUGAAGGAUGUUUAGGAAGAACAGGUGCUCGUGUCUGGCUUUUCAUUGGCUUCAUGUUGAUGUUCGGCUCACUUAUUGCUUCUAUGUGGAUCCUUUUUGGAGCAUAUGUUACCCACAAUAUUAAUGUCUACCCAGGCUUAGCAGUGUUUUUUCAGAAUGCUUUGAUAUUUUUCAGCACCCUUAUCUACAAAUUUGGAAGAACUGAAGAACUGUGGGCUUGAGUACUUUCUACAUCUUGCUUAGCGAGUCUUAUAUGCCUAUGAGCUUGGACAGUGUUCUCGAAGCUACCAACAUGUCUGACCAAACUACGGGAGGCAGUGGAAGACAGAAGUGCCUGGCGUGCUCUGGUUCAUGGGGUCACGAAGAGUCAGACCCAACUAAACUAAACAACAACAACGAGCUUUACAAGAUGUGAGGCUGCCCAGCAUGGCAUAGUGGAGAGUUGGGUUUUGUUGUUGUUAAAACACUGUUGCUUCCCCAAAGCGUGAGCUGCUAGACUUUAAAGUUGAUUGAAUACAUAACAUUUUAAAAAUAAUUGGUAAAAAACUGCCAGUGUCCUUUGAUAAAAGCAUAUAUGUCCAAAUUAGUCUUCUGAAAUCAAUUAACCUGAUGUCCAUGCUACUGUUCACUAAUUUUGGUCUCAGUUUAGGAUUCACAAUUCAAGUAUGUAUUUUAUUCCAUAAGUGCAACAAUCUCCCCCUCCCCCCCCAAAAAAAUAUCUCUGAAGUAUUUGCAUUAAAGUGGGUAAAGGUGAUUUGAACAUCGGCAGCAUACUGCCCCAGGGGUCUCCAAAAAGAUAAGGUAGCUGCAACUAUUCUUCUUAAUGGAAUUAAUUUUUACAAAAGAUUGAAACCCACAACAAAUCACUCAGGAUUACACAGCAAUGUUUACUUGAAGUAGACAGGAACUUGUUUGUAGGGUAUGGCUGCUUCCUUCUCAGAAAGAAUGCAUUGGCACAAACCACUGAAUAUAUUUAUAUUACAUUCAGGAUUAACCUGCACUCCUAUAUUAUUUUCUUUUACUAAAGAUUAAAAAUGAAAUGGAGGUGGCCUAUUUCAUUGUCAUUUUUUUAUUAUAAAUAAACUUUAUUAAGAAUCAAAGUUAAAAUACAAACCAUACACACUCGAAACUCGCAGUCAUACCAAAACAAGCACAGAUUCAUAUACACAAAAUCAUAGAAAUCAUAAUAUACAAACUCAUAAAAAUCAUAAUAUACCAACUCAUAGAAAUCAUAAUGUGCGAGGAAGAAAAGGGGAAGAAAAGAGGAAGAAAAAGAAGUUAUCCUCCAAAAUAUAGAAAAAGAAAAGAAAAAGCCCAAAGUGGUAAAUAGAAAACAGAACACAAAAAUUGAUUAACAAUUGAAAAACAAAAAUAGCAUAUAAUAAUAAAAAGUGAAAAGAAUACAGGAACUCCAUUAAAUUAAUAAGUAUGUACACUAGUUUUAUGGCCUGAUCUGAUAAGAGAUAAAUACCCGUUACUAGCCGAAAAAUAAUAUAUUUCGUCUGAGAUACAUAUUAACCCAUUAAGAACCCUUUAUACCUUGCAACUGAAUUCCUGUAUUCUGUACCUUCUUCCCAGUAUUGUUUCCAGGGUUUUAUCCCAAUAUGACAAUAGAUUUUCUGCUUUUAAAAUGGAGCUUGCAAGGCAAUGGGCAAAACUAAAACAGAUUCAAAAACACAUUUAAAAAUAAGGGCACACAAUUAAAGCAAAUUUUAUCCAAAAUAACAUGUAAAAUGUGCAAGAGUGCAAAUGCAUUUAGACACAAACAUAUUCAUCUGUGACUAGAAAUUAUAAAGUUAAGGCAGAAUACGCAGGUUCCCCUUUCUGAACAUAAUGCAGCCCCUGAAAUUAGUUUGAUAGGUGAGCAUUCACAUAACAAGUUGGUGAUUUCUAUAGGAAAAUGUCUAAUGUGUUCUUGAUCAACACACACCCAAGAAAACCUUCUUAACCUUACUAAAAGUAUCACUACAGUUCCUCAGCCAAACAGAAAAAGGCAAACAAGGAAAUAACAAAUGCUCUCUCCUUAGCUAUUUGAAUCUGUGCUGUGUAGUGAGGUUUGGGUCCUAAUUUCUCCUGUUCAGAUAAGUGAAUUUUCACAUAGCAAGCAUUCAGAAAGUGGGACCUCCGUGUAAUUUAAUUACUGAGAAAGCAACACACAACGUAA